AUGUUGGGCAAGUCCACCCUCGUCCGUCUACUGUACAAUGCAUUUGCUGACAAGCACGCGCCGCGUGUUGGCACCUUUGGCUCCUCGGCGGUAGUGGCGCCGGUCAAGAUCGAUCUGCCGGGAGACACGGUGGACGAGACGGCUCGAGUCCGGUUGGUCGACACGGCUGCGCUCAACUUUGCCGACCCGCAUGUCCUGUCAUCGGCUCGGGCCAAGGCGCUCAAGUCGAUUCUGGCCCGGGCACAUUGUGUCGUUUUUGUCUUUCGCGUCGGCUCGGUGGCGUCGACGACAGCGCUGCUGGAGCACUAUGGGCCGCUCGUCCACGCCACGCUUGCAGGCAUGGGACGACAGUUUGUGCCGUGUGUGGUCCUCGGGCACUCGCCGCACCGCAUGCGGCCGCGGCUCGACGACGAUGCCAUCCUGGAAGUCCUGCGCAACACAACCGACAUGCUCUCGCCGUGGGUGGAGGAAGCAGCAUUUGUCGAGUUCCUGCCAGACCCGUCGGACCUCACUGCAGAGGCUGUCGACGAAGCCGUCACACGUGUUGCCACAUGCAUCCAUCUCGCCCUCCACUAUCCGGUCUUCCCGCUCUGGCGUGACAACUCGCGGACCGGAUUUCGGCCAAAGGUCAUGGCGGCGCUCACACAAAUCUUUGUCCUCCUCGACGAAGACGAGAACGAGACGCUCUGCUUCCGCGAGCUCGAUGCCUUUUCGCGCGCCGUCUUUGCCCAGCCGCUCGAGGUCGACGUCUUCCGCGAGCUCAUGCUCAUGGCCACGUCCGACGGCUCGGUCGGAGCCGCAUCGCCCAUGGUUGUUGCUUCGCUGUCCAAUUCGUCGACUGACCUCUCUGCCGAGGCUCACGGAGAGACCUCGGUCGAAGACGACCUUGCCGCCAUUCCCGACGAGACCAUCGUUGAGUCGUCAGACAUCGGCUUUGACCUCACUGGCUUUAUCCUCCUCCAGUCCAAGAUGAUGGCUCGCCAGCCAUCGUCACUGUGGACCACUCUGCGGGCUUACGGCUUUGACUCGCAGUUUACCCAAGUCCUUCAUCCGGAGCUUCUCGGCGCUGUUGCCCAGAGCCCGGCCACGAACGGACACGCCACCCGGCCGACGUUGCCGUCGUCCUCGCCAGGGCCCGACCCUGCCUCCUCACCCACUGCGCCCGAGUACAUGGCAGGCGGCCCAUCGACCCUCGAUCUCCCAACUGCGCCAUCUUCUUUCUCCGGCCUCACCCUCCUCCUCCUCGCCCUCCUUCUGGCGCUUGUUGCCGUCAUCGCACUCGAGCACGCCGGCCUCACAACACUGACCGCACUUGGAACCGCCGUCCGCGCCGCCGCCGCCGCCUCUCAUUCAGGCACCUCCUCGACCGGCGCCGUUCACUCGGAUCUGUGA